AUGCUUGCUCGACGUCUCCCACGGCUUGCCCGCCCUUUGGCACGCCUCGCCUCGUCCUCUUCCUCAACUCCCGUCCCAGCACAGGAGGCCUCCUCAGAGGCUACUGUCGUGCCCCAGGCUCCUAACUAUCCUGCGACAUGGUCCACUAGCCAGCAACCGCGCCCGCAAGGCCAGUCUGGCCCUCGCUUCGAGCAGACCAUCAUGGAGCUCCAACCCAGCCCCCUCAGCGCGAUGGAGCUGAUCAGCAAGGAGCCCAUCCGUGUCGUUCACGGUCGCAAGGCUGUCUGCGACGGUGGAGGAGGUCCUCUCGGACAUCCAAAGAUCUUCAUCAACUUGGACAAGCCAGGCCCUCGGCCAUGCGGUUACUGCGGAUUGCGUUUCGAGCAAGCUCCGCACCACGGGCACGAACACUGA